GUACUGCCCAUGAUCAUCUGGUGGCUGAAAUAUGAAUGUCUUGGAAGAUCUUCCAUUUGGAGUUGAGUAACUCAGAAAAGAAUGAAUUUAAAUCUGGUAACAAUACGCCGAUCCAAGAGACUAAAAAUGUAGCCAAAGAAUUUUGAUGUCUUGAUUCAAAAAAUAAUUAAAAGUAGAACAUAGAGAACGAUUUUAAUGCUAUAAAUUUGGUUAUCUUACAUUUCAAGUCGAUAUGUCAUAAUUCAUUUUGAAAAUUAAAAUAGAAUGUCAAGCGAAGGAAGCAGUUCAAUUGUAUAGCUAAGCCUUAUCGGUGUCUAACAACAAACCAGAGAAUUUCAGCAAAAUCAGAAAGACAUUAAACAAACAAUUCUUCAGUUCUUUCUGAUAACACCCUUUCAUUAUUUCAAAUACCAAACUCAUACCAAUCUUCUUUGAUUAUUAUGAAGUGGAAAUGAUAUGAAAACGAAAUAAAUCUAUAAAGAAACUUAUAUAGUUAUCAUUGACAGUAUUGGUCAGUUUCAAUUCGGAACUCAUGGAUACGGAAGGUCAAUGCAGUUCCACAAAUGGUGUCUAUUCUUGAUGAGGAUGGUGAGUCCCCAGACUGUGGGACUCAUCCUAAUGUGUCUCUUCGCGGGCUGCUCGACAACUGUUCCCAUUCUGCCAUUACGUGAAGUUUAUUCUAGUAGUCCAAAUAUAUUUCCCCAAAAUCUGUACAGAGUGGGUCCCUCGCUUAUUGCAACCUCCUCUGACAAGAACAAUCUCUCAGCUGAACUUAUUAAUAACCACAACGUUUCAGAUUUCAUAUCACAUGUUUCUGUAAAUGAUCGAAAGUAUAAUUCGAAUCCCUCGAAUGUUCCGAUGAAACAUCAAACUACUUCUGCUUGGACAUCGAAGGAAAAAGUAAGCCAUCCGAGCGUAGAACUUCUUGCUCGGAGUUCUGAAUAUGUGAACAAGAUUUCGAGCCAAAGUACAGUGACAGUUAGUUCGAAGGAAUUAAUGAAAACAUUGAAUGAUUUCUUCGAUACAAAUUACAACUCUCAAAGUCCUGCUCUGUCCGAAAAUCAUUUACCGACCACUUUAUUCCGUGUGAGAAUUGCCAAUACGUAUAGAGGAAAAUCUCCUAACCCAACAAAUUCUUCCACGAAUGUUAGGGAAAUAUCACAUUAUUCGAAGCAUAUAGAUGAAGACUUUUCAAACUCCAGAAUCAAAGAUGCGUUUAACGAACGAAAAGGUCUCAGUAACAGCCAAUCUGCCAUAAGCAAGGAAUUUGAUGGUGGCAGAAGCACUUUCUCUGUUCCUGCAAGAGAAAUGGACGGUACAUUAAAUAACAAACGAGUCGUACUUGUAGCUGUUAAGCCUUCGCCAAGACUUCGAUUCACUUCUCGAACUAUAAAUAAAGUUUACCGUCCAUACAGACAUGACAGAGGAGGCAGGAAUCUCCGACUGCAUUUACAGGAUUCCAAACCAAGAGAAGGGAGGGAAGCAUAUGAUCCUCUUCUUAGUAAAAUCAAUCAAACUCAUUCUUCCAUUAAUAUAUUUAAUUACACUCAUCAUAUUUCUCCAUUACAAAGAGAUUCUGUGCUUCCAUAUGUCCCUUUUAACGAGACUGAAAACUCACAUGCUGUUACUUUAGUCCCAUAUGAAGAUAACAUAACCUCAUCUUCAGGAACCAUCUCCCGUAAUUUAACGAUAUAUGAACUAUUAAAGCCACGUUUGCGCUCUACUGAUCCCAGUGUAAGUAACGUUAAUGAAAAAGACAGUGUUACGGUUGCUUCAGAACUAAAUGGCAUUCAGACAUCUACGGUGAAGUAUGAUGACUUCACACACCACACGGGAGAAAGAAGUAUACCAAAUAAUGAUACCACUCCCUUUUUCGUAACCUAUGGUGAGAGCUUCAGCAAUGAAGUUGAUUUUCCUGGUGACGUUUCACCUCAAAGAAGUGAUUCCAUUGGUGAUGUAGAAUUCAUCUUAAUUCAAAGGAAUAAAUCGAUUGAUUCCCCAGAUGUGAUGGCAGCUGUAGCGAAGAAACCUGAGGAAAACGAAACUUCUUUUCAUUCAAAAGAAUACAUCAGUAGAAGUGCCGAUGUCGUGAUAAAAAUCGACGAUCCGUUUCGAAAUAAUUCCAAAUUAUAUAACCACAUCAAUUCGGAGAAACCAGAUGUAAGCCAACAGUACCCAUUAAAUGAAACAUCACAGUACGAUACUUUAACUAAAAAUGAAACGAUAAUUGUUACAGAAGCGGAAGACAUUAAAUUUACGGAUAGUUCCAAAACGAAAAUUUCAGAAUCAAGCGAUUCAACUGCAUCUCGUGACAGCUUCGCAAUUAAAAUAUUAGAAAAUGGGACUCAUAUGUAUGAAAUGGACACAAUACGACAACCAAAAAUGUCCGAUUCUCUCAAUGUCGAUAAUACACCUUUCAAGAGACCAAAGAUAGAUCCGAAGAUUUUUUACGAUUACUUCAUGAAACUGCCAAGGGCGAAUUCGUCAGCUUUUGAUUAUGGGAUUUCUGAAUUUAGCCCUGGAAAUUUUUACCUUUAUCCUGAUAUUUACAAAAGGAAACCGGUUCUGGACGUAGCGUACAGCAGACCGACACCAUUGUUUAAGAUUCGUACGCAAGAAAUGACCGAAGAGACACCUUUCGACUCCACUACUUUCGAUUCAAUGAGAACAUCUGUGAAAGUGUCAAGUACCUUUUAUCCUAACAGAAUGCAAGAUGUUACAAUGAAAUUUGGAAACCGCGUCGAUCUUACUACCUUACCUACAAUCAUAACGAAAGACAAGAAUACAAAAAAUGAUGAAGAUCCUGAUGAUGCGGAGUACCGGGACGCGAUUGAUUCAGGAUUCACGAUGGAAAAAUUGGCUUACCUGCUCAUCGGCACGUGCUGUGGUCUGAGUAUACUUUGCCUUUGUGUUGUGGUCGUUGCAAUCAAAUGUCGGCGUGUCCUUGUAGAGAAGAGAAUCAAGUCACAGUUCCGGAAUAGGAUGUACCAACACGAGCGGAUGAAAGAUGCGUCUACCCCAUGGCAACAACAGCUGUUUGAUCACUUCAUGUACAUCCACAGGCAUCCGGACAGUUCCACGUCUAGUGCUGACAGCUGCAACUGCCGUUGCGUCACGUGGUCAUUAGGACCCCGAAAUUUAGAUGCCAACCGCCCCAUCUUACCACCCAAUCGCAAUAGUCAGUAUUUGUGUGGGCAAAAGAAGCUUCCAUUUGGUGCUGCUUCGACUCUGAGGUACGAAUCCAUGCUAGGUCGCAACAAGCGACCUUCUCCGCCACCAUUACAACCAGCAAAAAACGAGCAGCCAAACACAGAUUCGUCACACGAGAAUGAUUCUCUGGAUCAGGACUCUGAUUCUCGUGACAGUGACGGUCAAAGACAAUGCACGUGUAUUGAUUACACACUAUGGCCAAUGCCUCCUGGAGACGUGCGUAGAGGGAUAUAUGGUAUGUGCCCAACUAGCAGGAGAUAUGACAUGGGGGAAUGCGGUCAGCAUCCGCCAGUGGAACUGCGUUCAAUCGCCAGAGACUGUCCACCGCCAGUUACGGGUUCCAAUUAUCUAGAUCGGUCGGAGGGUGUGGUGUACUGGUCAUCUAAUGAAGAAAGACUUAUUUAACAAUUUUGUAUGGCAUAUUAAUAAACUAAGGUAUACUUCCUC